AGGGGCAUUCACACGGUACAACUAGUUGUAUACAAUUUGUUGCAUGCAACACAUUGCAUCGUGUGAACGGGCAAGUCGGUCCAACUUUUGACGCAUGCAACUUGUUGGACGUGAGUUGUACGGAAUAGGACAUGCUCUAUUUUCAUGCGACAAGUUGUACGUACGCAGCCAAUCAAAACGCGUAUCCAAAUCACGUGAUAUUUUCACCUCCAAAUGUAAACAAUCAUGGCGACCCCAGCGUCCCGCUUGAAGAAAUUUGAGAUGUCUAGAGUGGAAACAGAGCGGUUUAUCGGCUAUUAUGCGUCCCAUGAUUGCUUGUGGAAUGUAUCCAGUCCAUUUUAUUCCAAGCGGGAACACCGACAAGCAGCCUACAUCUCUAUUGCAGAGAUGAUGGGUAAUGGGAUUACAGUUGAUCAAGUCCCAACUAAAAUUUCUACCUUACGAACAUACUAUGGUAAGGAGCUGAGGAAGGAGACCCUGUCCAAGAAGAGUGGAGCAGGGACCGAUGAGGUCUAUGUUUCCACAUGGGAAUGGUUCCAACUUCUGGAUCCAUUUCUCAGGAGGCAGGUUCAUCAAAAGAACACAGUAAACAACAUGAACAGCUCAGAGAGACAAGACACAGAUGAACAGGAGCAAAGCAGCGCCUCUGACAGUUUGUUCACAAGUCAAAUGGAUACAGAAGACUGCCCUUCUCUGCCCCUGGCAGAGUCAACACCAAUCAAGAAAGCAAGGCGCUCAGACAAUAACAGUUUGCAAACACAAGUUCUGCAAACACUGAAAUCACUUGAGCAAAGAAGGGCAGCAAAAGAGAAUAGUGGGGACAUGUUGUUUGCUAAAUACAUAGCGAGUGAAUUAACAAAUGUCACCAAUGACAGAAAGAGACAAGAAUUAAAAAUAAAAAUACAACAAUUAAUUUUUGAAGCUCAGUUAGACAACUGAAGUGGAACUGUUAUUUAGAGGUUAUUUAUGAUGCACAAUUUGAAAAACAUGAGAGUUUUGACCAAACCUUGUAUAUGUAUUAAUCAGGGGAUGAUGUGGUGCAUUUUGUCAAUUAGAAUUUUUAAAAAAAUUCAUGUUUCCAUGGCAACAAUUUUUACUUUGACUCUGUACAUAGUGGUGUGUUUUUCCAGACCAUAUCCAGACCAGUACUCUUUCUUGAAACUGUACACACACAAAAGACCAGGUUGUCAACUGGUGCCUAUGCUAUUUAUAUUGUUUUCAAUAAACUUUGCUUUCAGGAAAUAAUUUUUAAUAAAAAUAUCAACAAUACCUUCAGGCAAUCAUCCUUCAAUGAGUCAUAAAUCGCUUGGCAGACAUGAGGAAUAAAUCCACAUAUUGUGUUGCUUGGUAUUCUGUAUAGAUAUUCCAGUGACUUGUAACUAUCUCCUGUUGAAAAUUAAAAAAACCAUAAAAAUAUGUAUUCAUAGAUUAUCAUUAUAGCAUCACUCAAUCUUGGAGAUAACAUUACCUACCAUAAAAAGAUGUAAUACAAAGUAGAAUUUAAACUUAAAUCAAUUAUUAUAUCAUUUACAAUUGCAUACCCACUUCAUGUAGUACAUAUGUAAUAAUUUUCACAU